GACUCGAAGCAGGUAAGAAUUUUUCCGUAAAAAUCAUUUGAAUCUUGCAUAUUCAUCCGUGAUUUGAUUUUCAAAAUAGUUUUUUGUUUCACAUGUGUGAUAAUUUCAAUCCUCAAUUCAGAUAGUCAGUAGAUCUUACAACAGUAAUUUGUUCAAUGUGAAUAACAAUAAAAAUGUUGGGUUUAAUUAUUCAUACUCUGUUGAUUUUACAUAUUCAGAAACAACAUGAAACAUGGAUUAUUAGUGACUUUUCCGAACCAUGGGUAUCAGGUUUGCACUUUUUCUUCUUCUAACCCUGGGCAUGGUAACUGCCCUCCAUGAGAGAACCAAAAGAAAUGGAGCCAUGCACCACACAGUUUCGAAAAGUGGCGAAAAAAUAAAAUUCACUACAGAAAAUAAAGAUGGAAAUUAUGUUACUUGUGCUCCUCCCUUUUACAAGUGCUGUGAGGGUGCAUCAGGGUUACUGUCUAUGGUUGUAUCAGAGAAAUGCUUAAGAGAUGAUGGUGUACCAGGGUUAUGCUGUGGAUCGGAUGCUUUGACUUUGGUUGAAGUCAUAUUCGAAAAUGGCACUAAGCGUAUGGUUACUGUCAAUGGAGGUCAAGCGGAAAAUAAAGCCAAAGCUGAUCAUAUUGCUGAUGAUAUCGAGAAGAUCAGGGAACACAAAAACGAGAACCCAUUGCCACAGAGAAACAAAGAAGUAAUUGAUGAAGAUCUCUCUGCUCUGCCUUAAAAUUUGAUGUGAUCGAAUGUUUGUCUUUUAACCUUUUCUUUUGACAUUUCCAUUGUUUGUUCGUAAAAUUGAAUCAAUUGUUUUGAUGUGUGUCUUUUAAAUGUCAAUUAAUAAAGGAUAUUUCUGAAUUUUAAUGCUA